AUAGGCGAGACUGAGACUGGCCGUUCUCAGUUUCUCUUUAAACUCCUGCACCAAUAACAUAACUCAUUCAUUUUUUAGAGAGACAAUGGAGAAAAUUAUUUUAUUGUGUGCGAAUGUUAUUUUAUUGAGUGGAUGGACUCUAGGAGAAGUUCCUUCUUACAUUACGGUUUGCGGCCGCAAAAAUUCAAAUUUGAAUGAAUGCGUAAGGAACAGCGUAGAAUCACUGCGAGGAAAAAUAGCUGAGGGAAUGCCAGAGUUGGAUGUGCCAUCAGUGGAGCCAUUCUUCUUGCCAGAAGGAUUACCAUUAGUAGAUUCUCCUGACAUCAAGGCUUAUGCUCGUAAUGUCAAGCUCUAUGGCAUUCCGAAUUUCGUUCUGGACAACCUCAAUGUUGAUCUCGAUAAGCAGCAGAUUGAUCUGCAGGUGCAUUUUGAGAAACUAAGGCUUCAGGGAGAUUAUGAUGUCGCAGCGAAAAUUGUUGUACCGAUUAAUGCUAAGGGACCCGUCGAGAUUGAAACAAGUGGCGUCUCCGGUCAGGCAGUUCUAAAAUACCAAAUAGUGAACACAAAGAAGGGCCGACGCAUGUACUUCAAUACAAUGUCUCUAAAACUCGAUAUCAAAGACUACGUCUCCAAAUUUGUACCUACUGGAGGCCCUGAUGUGACAUUCGGAGAAGCAAUUAACGCUGUGCUCAACUCAAAUCGUCAAGAAAUCAUCAGUGGAAUUCAACCAAGUUUGGAGAAGUCAAUUUCAGCUAAAAUUCUAGAGCUUGCCAAUAAAAUCUGCAAGAACUUCACAUUCGAAGAACUAUUCCCGGACCGCGAAUAGAUUUGUUUAUUGUGGUUUGUGCACGGUUGUGGCAAUUGUUCAUUUUAAAACCGAAUUUUCAACGUAAAUUACACGAAAAUUCUAUUGUACAUAUUGUAUAGAAUAGAGAAUAGUAAAGCGAGUUUUUCUCAUUUUUA